AUGUUGAAAAAUUACUUCAAAAGUAUAUUUAGAUUUCCUCAAAAAUGUGUAGAUGCAUAUGUUAGCAAUUAUAAAAAUGAAUUUUUAAAGACAAAUAUAUUUCAUUAUAAUAGUUUAAUUUUUAAUAAAAAUCAUUGUGCUGUUAAUAGGAUUACCAAUUUACACUUUUUCUAUUUAAAAUAUAAAUUUAACUUUAUAUUAAAUAGUAAUAUAAGUACAAAAAGAAGGCGAUAUUUUAAAAUAAGGAAACAUCAAAAAAAAAAAUACAAAAAAAAAAGAAUGGGAUUAUCCACUAUUCCCUGGAUACCAAAAAAAGAAAAAAUCAGAACAUAUAAAUUACCAAAUCAAAGUAGGUUAAUAAAUAAAAGAUUUAUGCGUGACAAAAAAGGUGGACGAAGAUAUCGUUUAAAAAAACAACGCUGA